CUCGCCGAAAGCCACCAAUCAGAGGCGAGUGAAGCCAGACACCGCCAAGAUCAGAUUGUGAGUUGCGCUGCCGUAGCAAGGCUAGCCGAUAGUCGAUAGAAGAAGCUAACUUGUGGAGUGCACCGGAUUUAGACCUCCUCUUCCUCCGCUCUCAAAUGCCAACAACAACGGCAGCCGUCGAAGAAGGAGCUCUAGUACAAACGGUCUGAAUAGUGAAAGAGAAGAAGAAACCCUUUUCAAGUGAGGCUCAACUUCCACGGUCCUUUGGGAUCAUGGCUAAAGAUGCUGGCCUCAUAGAAACCAACGGAGAGCUGAAGGUAUUCAUUGAUCAGAAUCUGAGCCCCAGCAAAGGUGUCCUGUCUUUGGUGGCUGUCCAGCCUGCCACUGCGCCUGUGGCCAAACAGCUCCUGCCCAAAACACUGGGGCCGUCCAACGUGAAUAUCGCUGCACAUGCACACAUGCAACAUUUACCACACAUGGUGAUUGGUACCCCUCAGAGGCCAACAGUAUCCAGUACUAUACUGGUGAACAGCCCCCACACGCCCAAUUCCCAAUUUCUUACUCAGACUCAACCUUCUGAUGCCUCUCCUUGGUCGUCAGGGAAGCGUGGAAAGAAAGGUGAAAAGAAUGGGAAGGGCUUGAGGCAUUUCUCCAUGAAAGUAUGUGAGAAGGUGCAGAAGAAGGGUGUCACCACCUACAACGAGGUAGCAGAUGAGCUAGUAGCAGAAUUCAGCUCAGGCGACAACCACAUGUCACCCAAUGACUCGCAUGUGUAUGACCAAAAAAACAUCCGGCGACGUGUGUACGACGCUCUUAACGUCCUCAUGGCCAUGAACAUCAUCUCCAAAGAGAAGAAAGAGAUCAAAUGGAUUGGCCUGCCCACCAACUCGGCGCAAGAGUGCCAAAAUCUCGAGGUGGAGCGACAGAGGCGGUUGGAGCGAAUCAAACAGAAACAGUCACAGCUUCAGGAGCUCAUACUACAGCAAAUCGCCUUCAAGAACCUGGUUCAAAGAAACAGACAGCGCGAGCAGCAGGCAAAACGACCUCCGCCGCCUAACUCCAUCAUACACCUGCCCUUCAUCAUCGUCAACACCAGCAAGAAAACCGUCAUCGACUGCAGCAUCUCCAAUGACAAGUUUGAGUACUUGUUCAACUUUGACAGCAUGUUUGAGAUCCACGACGACAUCGAGGUACUGAAACGCAUGGGCAUGGCUUGUGGUUUGGAGGUGGGCAAGUGUUCUCCGGAGGAUUUGAAAGUGGCGCGCAGUCUGGUGCCAAAAGCGCUGGAGCCCUACGUGAUCGAAAUGGCAAAGGGCCCCAUUAGUAAUGUCUACAUCACUGGAGGGUCCUCAACUAAUGGUGCCCGUUACACAGCCAGCGAUGGCUGCCCCGACGGCACCAUGGCGUCCAGCUCCAACGAUUCUCACUACAGUGGCUCUCGCGUGGAGACCCCCGUGUCAUACAUGGGCGAUGACGACGAUGAGGAGGAGUAUGACGAGAACGACGACGAAGACUAACCUGCGUACGCCUUGCCACUCCAAUAAGCACAGUCUCUCAAAAACGCCACCGUGGAAACCAGUCCUGUCACCCUCCCCCCUCGCGCACCCAUGCCUGUUUUUCUGUCUGGCUUUUCUCAGGGCUGUAGUUGAGUUAUUGAAAGAACGAGGGGGGGCGGCCAGGGGGCAGGUGUGCCCUCACCUCGCAGCUACGAAAGAGGGAUUGGAACCGAGAACUGUAGCGUGUGGCCUGACUUAACAAAAAAACUGGCGCCCACAAACAAGGACAAGACAUCUUGGGUCACGUAGGCCACGUGAGUCAAAAUGUCAUUUCCAAGUAUGUGGAUGCCAGGUCUAACUGAGGAGGUUAAAAGUCUUGAAGUCUUUAACUCGUUUUUAUUCAAGCCAUCCUAUAAAAAAUGCUGUUGGAGAAUAACAAAAAAUAUUUAUCAAUUUGCCACUGUUCCCUUUGGCUAUAUGAUCGUUCAAAAUUUUGCUCCAGCAUCCUGCCAUGUAUUCAUUGUUGGCAACCUGGCUCCAUUAUGCGUGUUGAUGUUUUUGUUCCUUUUCUCACUCAGUCGAGCUGGCUUCCUUCUGUUCUAGUAGGCAGCUGCUUUGUCUUUUUUGCUAGUUUUUUGUUUUUGUUUUUUUUUGUAUUCUGCAGUUACGGAAUUGUCAUGAGGGCCCUGCGCAACAUCUUGGUAGUGUUUUCAAAAUAUUGGCACCAGCAAGGUAAUUUCCUAACCCAGGUUCCUGAUAGGUUGAAUAAGCUUUGUUAAUGACAUGUAUGAACCCUGUUGAUGAUUGUAGCUUAUUAGUAUCUUUAGUGGCCAGUGAUAAUGAUACUAGACCAUCAGACAAUAUCCAUGUAACUAAUGUGUGGUUGUUUAGGUCUUUGUGUAUUCCCAUCAAAGACCUCCCUUUUAAAACGCUACACAUGUACUGACUUCUUCCAAAUACCUUUUUUUCUGUAAUCUAA